AUGAGUGAACUGGACCAGCUUCGACAAGAGGCCGAACAGCUCAAAAGUCAAAUCAGAGUGAGUUUUAUUUUCGGGAUUUUUUGAUUAUUUUACAGUUUUAAAAGACCCAAAAUCAUAGUAGUUUUAAUAGUUAAUGCUCUCAGAAGUUAACAUGAGAUCUAGACAACAUACUAGUCCCUCAGCAUAGUCGCUAGAGCUUUUUCUUCGCCUUGCCCAGCGCAAAAAAGACAACGGCCCAAAAAGCCCAUUGCACUGUGCAAAAAGCAAAAAUUUGCACUGUGCACGAUGCCAUUUUGUUUUCUCACAGUACAUGUCGCAAAAAUCACUCCAGCGACCUUGCACACCCACUAGUAUCCAUAAAAUCCCAUUGUCUUUCUCCCCGUGGACUUCGCAAUCCGCCCGGCUUAACCGCUAAUUUGUCGGGGCCGUCGCCGAAAAAACAAACAAAUUAUGAAUGGAAUGAAUAUUUUUAGUCACUUUUCACGCCUAAAUUUAGCCUCCGUUUUUGCAUCCCGCGUCGCCCGGCAAAGACGUCCACCUCACCUGCACGGGAAUGUGACGUUUUGGGGGGGGCCAAUUUGGGGACCGAAAGGCGAAACGCCGAAUAUUUUGGGAACACAUUUUUCCACUGUUUUCCUAUAGCUCCGGGACAUAAAAGGGCAAAAGGUCAAGCACUUGAGAGGCGGCUGAGAAAUCAGCGGGCUGAAAAUUGGGGUGAAAAUUGGGAUGAUUGUAGACAUUUAUUUUUGAGAUCUUUCGAAGAUUUGGCCACAAGCAAAGACUUGAUUUUGCAAGAAAAUUUUGAGUGAUACCUCCAUAAUCACACUGAAAAUACCUUGAGUAAUUUUUUCACCUAAAAUUUGCAUGAUUUUCGGUAAAAAAGCGAAAUUUUUAACUUGAUCUGAUUAAUACAUAGCAUUGACUUUGAUGAGAGAUGAAAUUUGAGCCACAUUUUUUCGAUAAAGUACAACUUCCAGGCUAUUUUAUUUCCAAAUUUGCGCGUUUCAUGUGUUUCUGCAAGCCCUCUCUCGCUGUUCCUCCUGCAAUUAUUGCGCAAUCGAGUGUCGGUGUAAAGAGACGAAAAAUGACGUACAUGUGGCACUCGUCGUCGUUCCUACGAUUCUGAUGUCAAGCGAGAAUGGCCGCAAAGAUAAGGGGGAAAGGACGGGGCCCGAAAAGUGAGCAAAGCGGCCGAAACCCCAUUUUUCGGAGAAGCGAAAAGAGCGAAGCCGCCCCGGGGAGUUCGAGGCGGUGGUGGCGGGGAAGAGCGGCGGCGCAGAGAGAACGGCCGCCGCGGGCACAGUGAGUCGUUUAGAGAGGAAAAGAGAUGGCCCCUGUUGACGUCACGGGUCGAUAUCGGGUCCCCAUUCGGCCGCGAAUGUCUUCGGCUUUCCCCUCCCGAAGACAUCGCCGCCGACCGCCGCCGCAAGCCGGAGAGCGCAGACGGACGGGUUGGAGGAGGAAAACCCCCUCGUAGAGAGACCGCACAGAGACGCAAAGACGGCCGAAUUUAUGGCCAAAAGUGUGUUUCAUCGGGGCGACGGCGGCCGGCCCCACCAUAUAAGGCGCGCUGUAUUACUGAAGUAAAUUUUUGGUGCGAAUCCCCAAAGGAAACGAGUUCGGGGCGCCGCAAGCGGGCGCGCACAGAGCGCGCGUAAUGGGGAGAGCGCGAGAUUAGCGGAGAUUACGUCACACAAAAUGGAAUUUCGGGCCCGAAAAUAAUAAUUAUAAAGCGGCCGCAAGCGCCGAGAGCGUGCAGUUACAAUAGCAGGAAUGAAGUUAAAAGGGCGUGUAAACAGAACAAUGAUAUAACUAGAAUAAGUAAUAAGAACUUAGCGAAAAAUGCAAGGGAGUACAAGCAGUAUAAAUGCUUGUAAAUCCCUCAUAUAACUUCCUUAUUCUCAAAUUUCAAGACCUUUAAUCAACGCCGGAUUUUUUCAUACUGUACAAGACAAAUUUCAUGUAGUAACUUGGUAUUUUGCCCUCGCAUGCAAGCCAUUACAGCUUCUGGAAUACACUUUUAAGGCAGUAAAGUAAAGGUUCGCGUGUGAGUGGGAAAAUGGCAUUACAGGAACUCGGGCGUACGGUAGAUUGAACAGGUGAACAAACUAAGUGGAGAUUACAUCCCAGGCGCUAUUAUCGUACACUUAAUUCAAUUGCAAAAACAUGUUUAUAUAUAGAAACAUCAAAAAACUGAUAUUUUUUUUAUUUUAGGCCACCAUUUUUUAAAACACACAUGAUACCAGUUCGUAUUUUACCCCGUCAUUACCUUCAAAAUUUUCAGGAAGCCCGCAAAAAUGCGAACGACACCACGCUGGCGUCGGUGGCCGCCAACCUCGACCCCAUCGGCCGCAUCCAGAUGCGCACCCGGCGAACAUUGCGCGGCCAUCUCGCCAAGAUCUACGCCAUGCACUGGGCGUCGGACUCGCGGAAUCUGGUGUCCGCCUCGCAGGACGGCAAGCUGAUCGUGUGGGACUCGUACACGACGAACAAGGUGCACGCCAUUCCGCUGCGCUCGUCGUGGGUGAUGACCUGCGCGUACGCGCCGUCGGGCUCGUUCGUCGCGUGCGGCGGGCUGGACAACAUUUGCUCCAUCUACUCGCUGAAGACGCGCGAAGGCAACGUGCGCGUGAGCCGAGAGCUGCCCGGCCACACCGGCUACCUGUCUUGUUGUCGGUUCCUGGAUGACAACCAGAUCGUCACUUCGUCUGGUGAUAUGACUUGGUAAGCGACAUUAUCAGUUUUUGAGUUCUUAGAGAUACUUUGAAAAAAACUUCUGGCUUCUUUUGCCAAGGUCUUACCAUAGUAAAUUACCAUCAGAAACUCACCCCUACCCCCAUCUUUUCAGUGCGCUAUGGGACAUUGAAACCGGGCAACAGGUGACCGCCUUCACCGGCCACACCGGCGACGUCAUGUCGCUGUCGUUGUCGCCGGACAUGCGGACCUUCAUCUCCGGCGCCUGCGACGCCAGUGCCAAACUAUGGGACAUUCGCGACGGGAUGUGCAAACAGACCUUCCCCGGCCACGAAUCAGAUAUCAACGCCGUCGCGUUCUUCCCGUCCGGCCAGGCGUUCGCCACCGGCUCGGACGACGCCACUUGCCGACUCUUCGAUAUUCGCGCCGAUCAGGAACUUGCCAUGUACUCUCACGAUAACAUUAUUUGCGGUGAGUCGGGCGGUGAUAUCCUCAGCCAAAAAGAAGCCCGUCAUUUGCGGUGAUGAGCUGUUUUUUUGGCUGUAAAUUAAUAUUGUAUCAACAUGUUCUGAUUCUUUGUUUUUCAGGUAUUACUAGUGUUGCAUUCUCCAAAUCGGGUCGUCUCCUGUUCGCCGGUUACGACGAUUUCAACUGCAAUGUCUGGGACUCAAUGCGACAGGAACGAGCAGGUAAGGCCUCAUUUUUAACUUGUCCAGGCCAAGUCCUUGAUCUUCAAAGAACUUUAUCAGAACGAUCCAAGAAUACGUACAUAUAUUACUGUGCUAACUUCCAACUUUUCUCAAAGUGGUAGAGCAUAAUAUGGCGGAUAUAAGCAUGGUUUUCGACACCCAUUUUAUUAACGAAGUAGAGAUGAUUAUUUUUACAAAAAAAAAUUAACAAAACCCGACUCUAAACUAACAAAAAACGCGCCAAUAAAAUCGCCGGAUAAUUAUGCAUUAACCUAAUACAUAUAUGAACGCUAGCUAUUCCCCCAUCUUUGCAGGUGUUCUCGCCGGCCACGACAACCGCGUCUCCUGCCUAGGCGUCACCGAGGACGGUAUGGCAGUGUGCACGGGCUCAUGGGAUUCGUUCCUCAAGAUUUGGAACUGA